AUGCCGCCGUUCCGGGGCCCACAACCCACCACGCAGAAACACAGCGCACAAAAUUCUCUCCCCCUCCCGGAAAGCAAGAAGACCCUGGUCGAACCGCAACUCGCUGCCCCGUCUCUGAUUUCCUUCCAUCUCCAAAAUGAGUGGGCCCGCGUCGGAGCCUCGGCCAUGGAUCGGCUGCCCAGCAUACCAAUCACAGCGCGCCGCAUCCCGCGUCUUGCUCCACCGGAGCGACGGGGGCAUGACGACGAGCUGGGAGUGUUGAAGAUGAUAAAUAGUGGCACCGGCAAGGUGGGGGAUGAGGAAAUAGCGAGGGAAUAG